UGCAGAAAAACGACCAAGACUAGAGAGUAAGAUGGAGAGUAGAGAGACCAUUCGAGCAUUUUGAUCAAUUGCUUUCACUCACAAAUCCAGAGCACCUAUUCAACGUGUCCAUGGAUUAGGGUUUUUCUUCUCCACAUUCAAAUUUCCCAACCAAGAGUUUAUUCAGUUACAUCGCGAUGGAGUCGAAGCUCUCGCUGCUGCUCUCUUUACUCUGCUUUAUCACUUGCUUUCACACGUCUUUCUCAGCUUCAGGAGAGACAAACCCAUUUAAGUCAGUUCCUGAUCUUGAAAAGUCAAUGUACAAAGAUAUUGAGGGAUUCCCCUGUGUCCGUCUACUCAACCUUACAGGGGAAAUUGGUUGCUCAAAUCCUGGACGUGAGAAAGUUGUUGCUCCGAUUGUUAGAUUUAAGAGUUCAAAGGAGUUGACUGAAUCAGCUGCAAUCUUGGUUUCGGUAGAUGAAUUUGAAAGCGUGUUGUCAAGAGUGUCAAAAGAUUCAGAUUUUGCUAGCAAAGUGGCUGGUAUAUUUGUUGAAUCAAGAAGUCAAGUUCAAAAUGGCCUAGAUGGAUUUUCUCCAGAUGUGAAAUUUCCACAGGCGGAAUUCGCUCCAUAUACAAGCAACAAUUUUCAGUGGAAUCCAGCUCAGGGAUCUGGAAUCAUGUGGAAAGCUUAUAAUUUUCCAGUGUUUUUGCUCUCUGAGACCAGCACAUCGAUCGUGCAACAGGCUGCCAGAGCGAGUGAGAACAGUAAAAUGUCAUAUACUAAAGUUGUUUCUGAAUUUGAUCUAGUUAUGCAGACUACAAAAUCUGGUACACAUGAUUCAGACUCUUGUCUGAAAGAAGGAACUUGUCUUCCUCUAGGUGGAUACAGUGUCUGGUCAGCGCUUCCACCAAUUAGUUUAUCUUCUUCACCUAAGCCAAAACCAAUUGUCUUGGCGAUAACAUCCAUGGAUUCUGCGUCUUUUUUCCGUGAUAAAAGCCUUGGAGCAGAGUCCCCUAUAUCUGGGUUAAUUGCAAUGCUUGCUGUAGUUGAUGCCCUUUCAAAUGUUGAUGGACUGACAGAACUUAAUAAGCAGCUUGUCUUUUUGGUUCUCACUGGUGAAGCCUGGGGCUACCUAGGUAGCCGGAGAUUUUUCGAAGAAUUUGAUCAACAAUCAGAUGCCAUUAAAGGACUCAACUUGACAGCAAUUGAAAUGGUGAUGGAAAUUGGAUCUGUUGGAAUGUCCUUUUCUCAAGGCACAAAAACAUUUUUUGCUCAUACUGCAGGGGAUACAACCUCUGUGAAUGAAACAUUAAGCGCACUAUACAGUGCACAAGAUUCCAUGUCUGAAAAUGUGAUGGUAAGGAAAGCCAGCACAUCAAACCCUGGGGUGCCUCCUUCGUCAUUGAUGACAUUUCUGACAAAGAAACCAGAGAUUUCUGGGGUUGUCUUGGAAGACUUUGAUUCUACUUUUAGCAACAAGUUCUACCACAGUCAUCUAGAUGGACUAUCAAAUAUAAAUUCUUCAUCUAUAGUAGCAGCUGCUUCCCUUGUUGCUCGGACUCUAUACAUCCAAGCUGGUGGCAGUGACCCUUUGGCUUUGAACAGUAUAAAUAUCAAUGCAUCUUUGGUGGAGGAACUUCUCGGUUGCCUGUUAGAUUGUGAACCUGGGUUAUCAUGUGAGUUGGUGCAGCGCUACAUUUCUCCCUCGACAACUUGUCCAAACCAUUAUGUAGGUGUCAUAUUGGGAGAACCAUCUACUGCACGUUAUCCCAUUUAUGCUGGGGAUAUUUCAAGGUUUGUAUGGAACUUUUUGGCUGACAAGACUGCUCUCCCAUCUACGAAUGCAAGCUCUUCGUGCCCGAAACAUUGCAAUGGUGACAAUGAACUAUGCAUCAGACAAGAGGCUGUUGAGAAAGGGGUCUGUGUCAUUUCAUCAACCAGGUAUGUUCCUGCUUACUCAACUCGUUUAAAGUACGAACCUGAAGGCUGGAAAGUGCUAGCUAGCAACUCAUCAGACAUGAUGGGCAUCAAGGAUCCUGUUUGGACGGAGAGCAAUUGGGAUAUGAUACAGGUAAGGGUUUACACAGUCCAAGAUGGUGCAUAUGACCGUGUAAUUCUACUGAUAGGUAUCGUCGUCACUCUUUUGGCUUACCUUCUAAUAGUAGUAGGUAGAACUCUUGUUAGAAAGGCGUUGAAGAGGGACUGACUUGCUAUUUUUGGAAGCCAAAUUUUACGAAUAGCUUCUGACUAUUUUGAACCCCUCUAUGUUUUCUUCUCCAUCCCCCUCCUCUGUUCUGCCCAUGGACUCAUCGUAAUCUCUUCCAGACCUUAGAGUAAUCUUGCUAAUAUUUGCCUUGUCUGGCAUUUUCGGGUGGAAGGUGGAAAAAAUCUCUUGAUUCUGUAGCUGCAGCUUUUUGUGCAAUAUGUGGAAUUCGCAUUUUUUGUAAAGACUUUGAAUUAUUAGUAUAUACGGGAGAUCUAUGAUAUUAGUGGCACUAUUACAUUUGAGAUAUGAAGGAUGGAAUUAUAUGAUGUUCAGUGGAUUUUGAUCAA